AUGGCCGUUUCCCGACCUCCCCCAGCCUAUACGGCCCCUCCUGAUUCAGGAAUCCAUGCAACCUCGCAGCUUUACCAGUCCAUUUCGCAGACUGCAUCCGAGCCCUCCGCCCGCAUACCCCAAGAGUCAUUCACAAUCCGACCAUGCUCUGGUCAGGCAUGGGUAGUUCCCGCCGGACAUAUCUGCCGCCUUACAACGCCAAAUGGCCCACAAGUUGGCGACCUCAACAUUUGGAAUGCCAACAAUCCCCGGGAGCGAAUGUGGGCCGCCCGAACCCGACAGAUCCACGCCUCGCACGUCUCCGUAGGCGACCGUUUGUGGUCUAACCUACCAUACCUGAGACCGCUAGUGACCAUCACCGGGGACUCGCUGGGUGGCGGGCAGUUGCAUGAUGUUCUAGGGCCCGAUGGGAAGCGAAGACCAGAUGUCGUCUUUGGCACCACGCAAUUCGGGGGACGGGUGCAUGACCUGAUGGGUACUCGCUGUGAUCCUUACGUGAACUUGCUCAUGGGUGGAGAGACCUUUGAUUUCCAUUGCCAUUCUAAUUUGACACGAGCCGUGGUUCCCUACGGAUUGACGGAGCUAGAUGUUCAUGAUGUAUUGAAUGUGUUUCAAGUAACCGGGCUAGAUGAAGAGGGGAAGUACUUUAUGGAAACCUCACCUGCAAAGCCGGGCGAGUAUUUUGAAUUUUUUGCCGAGGUGGAGGUUCUAUGUGCGCUUUCAGCAUGUCCUGGUGGCGAUUUGUCUAAUUGGGGCUGGGAUGAUAAAGGAGGUAUGGGGGCAACCUGUCGCCCAUUGGGGGUUGAGGUGUACAAAUUGGCUGAUGAGAAGAUACUGGAUGGAUGGAAGGCACCGAUUAGUCCUGCAUACAGAGGUAUGCAUGGAAUGAGUAUGCCUGGUCCAGCUGGACGCGUAGCGGACGGACAAGUCGGACUGUGA